AUGCUGAGAGAGAAUAGGUCAAUGUAAGGGUCUGUAGACUAACCUAAUCCUCUAUUAGUAGGUGAGAACAGUAACAUUUGCCGGUAGCCUCCUGGACUGUUGACACUGGGGAAAGUUAUUCAGAGUUAUUGUAUUGACUGUUUUGUGUAACUGCUUGGUGUACGGACGUUAAAGGAAAUAGCCAGAAUGAGAGGCUGAAGCUGCCACCUGGAUAAAGCGAGAAUAGAGGUGGAACAAGGCUACCCAUUGCUGUCUGUCUCCGGUUGAAUUACGCACGAUGGACCAGGUAAAACGUAUAUGGUGUUAUUACACAGACAGUAUUAAGACUCAUCUCAUUCUCUCUCUCUCUCACAGACGCACACAGCGCCGUGAUGUUAUAAUGCAGAUCGUUAUCGUGGUUCACAAGAGUUAAAGUAAAGUCCUGCGCCACAGUUACAUUUUGUAUUACUGUAAAACGUUAGUUAGAUAUGGAGUUGGCAUGAUGCCCAUGCUUCUUGUCUCAACAACUAUUAGUUGGUGGUUCUGCUCUCUGGUUUAUUGCUAGAUGUGGCUGUUUACCUGUAGAGUCGAUGUCAGCGCCCCAGCGGAAACCUAAUUAGCAUAAUAAUAAAUAAUUCCCAUCAAAAUCAGUCUGUUUAAACUAGAGAUUUUUUGCAUGGGCUGCGUCUCAAUCAACUGCAUCCGCCAAUGGCGGCCUUCCACAUCAGUGGUGGAAGGUGGCUGAGCUACAGCAGUGUUUGUCAGACCAUGAGACAUCCCAAAAACGGUUUGGACUACAAACUAAUACUCUAUGGAAAGAUGAGAGUCUCAGGAACACCAUGGUGUUCUCGGUUUUGCUCUAUGACCCCCACAAGCGUCAUGGGACUAGUCUGAAGUUGGUACCACUGAUCUGCCAACUUCUGUCUGUAGUCUCUGAACAGCUUGGGUGAGAUUCUCAAGAACAUGUACAUGUUGGUUGUUUUGCUCUGGGACCCCCACAAGCCUCACAAGACUCUUCUGAAGGUAGCCCGGUACCAGUUUGAAAAAUGAAUGGAAGUACAGUACCUUCAGAAAUUAUUCAUACCCCUUGACUUAUUCCAAAAAGAAUUGUGUUACAGCCUGAAUUCAAAAUGGAUUAAAACAAAUGGUUUUCUCACCCAUCUACACACCACACUACCCCAUAAUGACAAAGUAAAAACAUGUUUUUAGAAAUGUUUGUAAAUGUAUUGAAUAAGUAUUCACACCCAAGAGUCAACAUUUUGCAGAAGCACCUUUGGCAGUGAUUACAGUUUUCUGGGUAAGUCUCUAAGCGCUUUCCACACCUGGAUUGCGCAACACUUGCCCAUUAUUAUUUUCAGAAACUCCAGUGUAGGUUUGGCCUUGUGUUUUAGGUUAUUGUCCUGCUGAAAGGUGAAUUCAUCUCCCAGUGUCUAGUGGAAAGCAGACUGAACCAAGUUUUCCUUUAGGAUUUUGCCUUUGCUUAGCUCCAUUCCGUUUCUUUUUUAUCCUUUAAAGCUCCCCAGUCCUUAACUAUUACAAGCAUACCAAUAACAUGAUGCAGCCACCAAUAUGCUUGAAAAUAUGGAGAGUGGUACUCAGUAAUGUGUUGUAUUGGAUUUGCCCCAAACAUAGCACGUUGUAUUCAGGACAAAAGUGAAUUGCUUUGCCACAUUUUUUGCAGUAUUACUUUAGAGCCUUGUUGCAAACAGGAUGCAUGUUUUGGAAUAUUUUUAUUCGGUACAAGCUAGAUGUUUUAAAGUCACCAUUGGCCUCAUGGUGAAAUCCCUGAGCGGUUUCCUUCCUCUCCAGUAACUGAGUUAAGAAGGACACCUGUAUGUUUGCAGUGACUGGGUUUAUUGAUACACCAUCCAAAGUGUAAUUAAUAACUUCACCAUGCUCAAAAGGAUAUUCAAUGUCUACUUAUUUUUUAUUUUUUACCCAUCUACCAAUAGGUGCCCUUCUUUGUGAGGCAUUGGAAAACCUCCCUGGUCUUUGUGGUUGAAUCUGUGUUUGAAAUUCACUGCUCGACUGAGGGACCUUAUAGAUAAUUGUAUGUGUGGGUUACAGAGAUGAGGUAGUCAUUCAAAAAUCUUGUUAAACACUAUUAUUGCACACAGAGUGAGUCCAUGCAACGUACAGUGGGGAAAAAAAGUAUUUAGUCAGCCACCAAUUGUGCAAGUUCUCCCACUUAAAAAGAUGAGAGAGGCCUGUAAUUUUCAUCAUAGGUACACGUCAACAAUGACAGACAAAUUGAGGAAAAAAAAUCCAGAAAAUCACAUUGUAGGAUAUUUAAUGAAUUUAUUUGCAAAUUAUGGUGGAAAAUAAGUAUUUGGUCACCUACAAACAAGCAAGAUUUCUGGCUCUCACAGACCUGUAACUUCUUCUUUAAGAGGCUCCUCUGUCCUCCACUCGUUACCUGUAUUAAUGGCACCUGUUUGAACUUGUUAUCAGCAUAAAAGACACCUGUCCACAACCUCAAACAGUCACACUCCAAACUCCACUAUGGCCAAGACCAAAGAGCUGUCAAAGGACACCAGAAACAAAAUUGUAGACCUGCACCAGGCUGGGAAGACUGAAUCUGCAAUAGGUAAGCAGUUUGGUUUGAAGAAAUCAACUGUGGGAGCAAUUAUUAGGAAAUGGAAGACAUACAAGACCACUGAUAAUCUCCCUCGAUCUGUGGCUCCACGCAAGAUCUCACCCCGUGGGGUCAAAAUGAUCACAACAACGGUGAGCAAAAAUCACAGAACCACACGGGGGGACUUAGUGAAUGACCUGCAGAGAGCUGGGACCAAAGUAACAAAGCCUACCAUCAGUAACACACUACACUGCCAGGGAAUCAAAUCCUGCAGUGCCAGACGUGUCCCCCUGCUUAAGCCAGUACAUGUCCAGGCCCGUCUGAAGUUUGCUAGAGUGCAUUUGGAUGAUCCAGAAGAGGAUUGGGAGAAUGUCAUAUGGUCAGAUGAAACCAAAAUAGAACCUUUUGGUAAAAACUCAACUCGUCGUGUUUGGAGGACAAAGAAUGCUGAGUUGCAUCCGAAGAACACCAUACCUACUGUAAAGCAUGUGGGUGGAAACAUCAUGCUUUGGGGCUGUUUUUCUGCAAAGGGACCAGGACGACUGAUCCGUGUAAAGGAAACAAUGAAUGGGGCCAUGUAUCGUGAGAUUUUGAGUGAAAACCUCCUUCCAUCAGCAAGGGCAUUGAAGAUGAAACGUGGCUGGGUCUUUCAGCAUGACAAUGAUCCCAAACACACCGCCCGAGCAACGAAGGAGUGGCUUCGUAAGAAGCAUUUCAAGGUCCUGGAGUAGCCUAGCCAGUCUCCAGAUCUCAACCCCAUAGAAAAUCUUUGGAGGGAGUUGAAAGUCUGUGUUGCCCAGCGACAGCCCCAAAACCUCACUGCUCUAGAGGAGAUCUGCAUGGAGGAAUGGGCCAAAAUACCAGCAACAGUGUGUGAAAACCUUGUGAAGACUUACAGAAAACGUUUGACCUGUGUCAUUGCCAACAAAGGGUAUAUAACAAAGUAUUGAGAAACUUUUGUUAUUGACCAAAUACUUAUUUUCCACCAUAUUUUGCAAAUAAAUUCAUAAAAAAUCCUACAAUGUGAUUUUCUGGAUUUUUUUUCCUCAAUUUGUCUGUCAUAGUUGACGUGUACCUAUGAUGAAAAUUACAGGCCUCUCUCAUCUUUUUAAGUGGGAGAACUUGCACAAUUGGUGGCUGACUAAAUACUUUUUUUCCCCACUGUAUUAUGUGACUUGUUAAGCACAUUUUUACUCCUGAACUUAUUUAUUCUUGCCAUAACAAGGGGGUUGAAUACUUAUUGACUCAAUACAUUUCAGCUUUUCAUUUUGAAUUCAUUUGUAAAAAUUUAGAAAAACAUAAUUCCACUUUAACAUUAUGGGUUAUUGUGUUUAAGCCAGUGACAAAACAUCUCAAUUUAAUACAUGUUUAAUUCAGGCUAUAACACAACAAUGUGAAAAAAAGUCAAGUGGUGUGAAUACUUUCUGAAGGCACUAUAUACAGUCGUGGUCAAAAGUUUUGAGAAUGACACAAAUAUUAAUUUUCACAAAGUCUGCUGCCUCAGUUUUUAUGAUGGCAAUUUGCAUAUACUCCAGAAUGUUAUGAAGAGUGAUCAGAUGAAUUGCAAUUAAUUGCAAAGUCCCUCUUUGCCAUGAAAAUGAACUUAAUCCCCAAAAAACAUUUCCACUGCAUUUCAGCUCUGCCACACAAGGACCAGCUGACAUCAUGUCAGUGAUUCUCUCGUUAACACAGGUGAGAGUGUUGACGAGGACAAGGCUGGAGAUCACUCUGUCAUGCUGAUUGAGUUAGAAUAACAGACUGGAAGCUUUAAAAGGAGGGUGGUGCUUGAAAUCAUUGUUCUUCCUCUGUUAACCAUGGUUACCUGCAAGGAAACACGUGCCGUCAUCAUUGCUUUGCACAAAAAGGGCUUCACAGGCAAGGAUAUUGCUGCUAGUAAGAUUGCACCUAAAUCACCCAUUUAUCGGAUCAUCAAGAACUUCAAGGAGAGAGGUUCAAUUGUUGUGAAGAAGGCUUCAGGGUGCCCAAAAAAGUCCAGCAAGAGCCAGGACCGUCUCCUAAAGUUGAUUCAGCUGUGGGAUCGUGGCACCACCAGUGCAGAGCUUGCUCAGGAAUGGCAGCAGGCAGGUGUGAGGGCAUCUGCAAACACAGUGAGGCGAAGACUUUUGGAGGAUGGCCUGGUGUCAAGAAGGGCACUGAGGAAGCCACUUUUCUCCAGGAAAAACAUCAGGAACAGACUGAUAUUAAAUCGCUCUGGAUAAGAGCGUCUGCUAAAUGACUAAAAUGUAAAUGUAAAUAUUCUGCAAAAGGUAUUAAAGGUAUAUAAACGGGAUUGGACUGCUGAGGACUGGGGUAAAGUCAUUUUCUCUGAUGAAUCCCCUUUCCGAUUGUUUGGGGCAUCCGGAAAAAAGCUUGUCCGGAGAAGACAAGGUGAGCGCUACCAUCAGUCCUGUGUCAUGCCAACAGUAAAGCAUCCUGAGACCACUCAUGUGUGGGGUUGCUUCUCAGCCAAGGGAGUGGGCUCACUCACAAUUUUGCCUAAGAAGACAGCCAUGAAGAAAGAAUGGUACCAACACAUCCUCCGAGAGCAACUUCUCCCAACCAUCCAAGAACAGUUUGGUGAUGAACAAUGCCUUUUCCAGCAUGAUGGAGCACCUUGCCAUAAUGCAAAAGUGAUAACUAAGUGGCUCGGGGAACAAAACAUCAACAUUUUGGGUCCAUGGCAAAGGAAACUCCACAGACCUUAAUCCCAUUGAGAACUUGUGGUCAAUCCUCAAGAGGCGGGUGGGCCAAACAAAAACCCACAAAUCUGACAAACUCCAAGCAUUGAUUAUGCAAGAAUGGGCUGCCAUCAGUCAGGAUGUGGCCCAGAAGUUAAUUGACAGCAUGCCAGGGCGGAUUGCAGAGGUCUUGAAAAAGAAGGGUCAACACUGCAAAUAUUGACUCUUUGCAUAAACUUAAUGUAAUUGUCAAUAAAAGCCUUUGACACUUAUGGAAUGCUUGUAAUUAUACUUCAGUAUACCAUAGUAACAUCUGACAAAAAUAUCUAAAAACACUGAAGCAGCAAACUUUGUGAAGACCAAUACUUGUGUCAUUCUCCAAACUUUUGACCACGACUGUACACUGAGUGUACAAAACAUUAAGAACACCUGCUCUUUCCAUGAUAUAGACUGAUUAGGUGAAUCCAGGUGGAAGCUAUGAUCCCUUAUUGAUGUAACUUGUUAAAUCCUCUUCAAUCAGUGUAGAUGAAGGGGAGGAGACAGGUUAAAGAAGGAUUUUCUUAGUUGUUGAGACAUGGAUUGUGUAUGUGCACCAUUCAGAGGAUGAAUGGGCAAGACAAAAGAUUUAAGUGCCUUUGAACGGGUUAUGGUAGUAGGUGCCAGCCGCACCGGUUUGUGUCAAGAACUGCAAUGCUGCUGGGUUUUUCAUGCUCAACAGUUUCCCUUGUGUAUCACGAAUGGUCCUCCAAGCAUUGGAGUCAACAUGGGCCAGCAUCCCUAUGGAACGCUUUUGACAUCUUGUAGACGAAUUGAGGCUAUUCUGAGGGCCAAAGGUGGGUGGGGGGGGGGGGGUUAGAUAUAGGAUAUAGGACAGACGCUUUAAAACAACAUCCUUUUUUAUACCUAAAACGGUCCUAAAAUUCAUAAUCAAAUAGCUAAAUGAUCCUUGGUAUGACCAUCUUAAAACAAUUCCAACAACCCCUCCCCCCCCCCACUGGCUUAGACUUAGAUUUGAUUAAAUGUCACAUUAUUUAGUGCAUUUUAUUUGAAAUCUCUGUCUUUAUCUCUCAGUGUGUGUGUGUAUGGAUGGCAGAGAUAUGAUGUGGUAUAGCAGGCCAGAGGGAUUAAUGCUAAAGCUGGUUACUGCUCCGUCAACCUUCUCACCGCAGCUCUGAGUUACACACACACACACACACACACACACACACACACACACACACACACACACACACACACACACACACACAUACAGCCCCAGGCCCCCUGACCUAUACCUCUAUUGCCCCCAUGCCCUCAUCUAAAAGAAUUAGGCUUCUACGGGUUUCUAUUGGCAGUUUUGGUGCGAAAGGGCCUGGACGAUGCUUUAUGGGUUGUGCACCCCGCCUUGAAAAUUAUCUAGGGGGAACACUGGAUGAUCCGGUCACUUUGUUUUAUCUUAUGUUGAAUUAGACUAUGAAAAGAAAGAGAGAGAGAGUGGGACAGUUAGGGAGGGCUCAAAGAUAACCUGUGAUUUGAAAUUCAAUUAUGAUUCCUUAGUCUUUCUCAGGUAUGAGGUACCUGUUUUCCACCCAUCUCACCCCCUCCCCUCUGUUAUCUCUCUCUCAGGAAGAACACUGUCUGGACUUCAAGUCCUUGAGGGCAAAGUACCAGGAUGAGGAAGUGCUGCUGAAGCAGCCGAGGACCAAACCUGCCCUUCCUUUGAAACCUAAAGUCCUGUCCCCUCCUCACAGCCCUACAAACUCCCUUCCUUCCUUCAGCCCCACAUCACACACACCCUCCAACUCACACGCCCUACCGCCCGGAGCUCGACCCUCCCUCCUCUCCUCCCUCCAGGGGAAGGGUGGCUUCGCACCCCGAGUCAUCUUCGAGGAGAAGGAAAAGAAGUUAAAGGGAAAAGAUCUGCUGGACCAGAAACAGAAGAUAGAGGCAGACCUAGUCAUGAAGAACAAGAAGGUGUCCCUGCUGUCCCCUAGGGGGUCUAAUAGGGGCAGUGUCGAGCUGGUAGACGCGUCACCACCGCCCAUAAACGCAACAGAGAAGAAGAAGGGUUUUCGGGGCAUCAGGAAGCCUGUGAAAUCAGGGAAGAAAGGGAAGGAGGGGAAAGGUGAGUUUCCUCCUCUCCCCAUGUUGGACAUAGCCAGCCCAGACAUGGCUGGCCCUGAACCUCUCAUCGCUCUAACCACCUUCAGAACCCCAUCACACCCUGCUAAUAUACCCAUACCAACCGCCCUCAUCCCACCGGCCCCGGCAGCACACAUUGCCCGCUUACCCCCUGCCCCAAUACCUGCCCCAGUACUAGAUGCCCGCUUAACCCCUGAGCUGUUACCCUCCACCCUGAUGCCUGCACCAGCAGCUGAAACCAUUACAGUCGUAACACCACCCGACCCCCCUACCCUGGAGGUAGAAACCCCAGCUGAGACCAUCCCAGCCCCCACCCUGGCUGUAUUAGUUCCCCCCAGCCCUACCCCUUCCCCUGUUCCUGCCCCACCCAGCCCAGUACCAACUCCCCCAGUCACCCCUAACCCCUCUGCUAUCCCCACCCCACGACCACCCACUAUCGCCACCCCAUCCCCACCUGCAAUCCCCACCCUACCACCACCCACUAUAGCCACCCCACGUCGACCUGUUAUUGCCACGCCACCCCAACCCGCUGACCCUACCCCCUCUCCUCCUCCACCUCCCCCUACACCUACACCUCCAGCUCCUGAACCUGAGUCUGUAGUAGUGGAUGCUGCUGUUGUAGUCGAGGCCUCUGCCUCUACGUCUCCCUCUCACACCCCCCCUCCCCCAGCGGUGGACCCCCCAGUCACACACCCGUCCCCCCAGCCUGAGAGGCCCGUGUUGGUCCAGGAACGACCACUCUCAGCCCUGUCGGCUCUAGGGCGAGCAGAGGAAAUGAUUCCACAAAAAAAAAGAGGAUCAGAGAUAAUAUUCAAUGCUCUGGAGAAGGCCAAGAGGAAGUUCGCCAGGUACACAGUAUACCUUUAA